GGGGCCCCUAAAGCCGCAUGGAACAUCAGCCGUGAUCUUUGUGUCUUUUUUAACGGUGUAAUAAUUUCCAAAAGCGAAACCAAAAGCCAAACAAAGAAAAUAUUCAUCAACCACUCAGUAAAAAUCAAAAAUCCAAAAAUAAAAAAUAAAAAACGCGGAAGCCCAAGCCCCACGCGCCACCCCACGCUCCGCCUGACCGAAGUCGAGAUCCGGGUAGCGGUGAAGAUCAUGGAUCAGCCCAGCGGCGACCACAAAGCGGAGGCGAAGAAGACGGAGGAGGGUAAAAGCUCGGGUCAGGUUGGGGACCCGAAACCUGAUCCGAAUGGAGAGGGCGGCGCAGGUGCAGUUGCUGGUCGAGAAAAUGGGAAGGAGGAGGCCGGGAAAGUAGAGGCCAAUACGCAGCAACAGCCGGAUCAUAAUAAUAAUAAUAAUUAUUAUAAUAAUAUUAAUAUUGAUAAUAAUGAUAAUAAAAAUGGUAAUGAAAAUGGGGAUGAUGAUCAUAGUAAAGCAACGUUGCACACUACUCGGUCGAAGAAAUCUGUGCGUUGGAGUCAGGAAUUGGUGAUGGAGUCUCCUUCUCCUCCGUCGAUGCCUUCCGGUGGUCCCACGGCGGCUCACGGCGGCGGAUCGUAUCCCUACCCUGCCUCUUCUCCUGAGCUCUCCUACUCAACCUCCUUCAAGAAUUCGGUGAGUACGGUUCGAGAUGUGUUAGGGAGAUGGGGAAAGAAGGUUGGAGAAGCCACAAAGAAGGCUGAGGAUCUGGCCGGAAACACUUGGCAACACUUAAAAACAGCCCCUAGUUUUGCUGAUGCUGCCUUAGGAAGAAUUGCACAAGGAACAAAGGUUCUAGCCGAAGGUGGUUAUGAGAAGAUUUUUAGACAAACAUUUGAGACAGUUCCUGAGGAGCAACUUCAAAAUUCAUAUGCAUGCUACCUUUCCACGUCAGCUGGACCAGUAAUGGGAGUUUUAUAUGUAUCAACAGCAAAGCUUGCAUUUUGCAGUGACAAUCCUUUGUCUUAUAAAGCUGAUGGCAGGACCGAAUGGAGCUACUAUAAGGUUGUCAUCCCAUUACAUCAGCUUAAAGCAGUUAAUCCUUCAUCAAGCAGAGCUAAUCAUGCUGAAAAAUACAUCCAGGUUAUAUCCGUCGAUAACCACGAAUUUUGGUAUAUGGGCUUCCUAAACUACGACAGUGCAGUGACUUGCUUACAGGAACUUCUGCAAGCUGGCAAUGCAUCUGUGUGAUAUUGGUGUCUCUCUUUCAAGCCUCAUCACAUUAAGAAUGUGCUUCUUGAUAACAACCGGCUCAUAUAUGCUAUACACCCAUUUUGUACUUCUCUUGAAGCAUCUGACUUUAAGAUUAGAGGACAGUGGAUAUCUUCUAUGAGGAAUUUUUCCAGUAUGAUAGAGGUCGAACGACAGGUGGUUGAUAGAGUUCAUUGCUUGGACAUUUUGUGAUGACAGAUCAUCUUAUUUGCGUUCAGCACAUGGUUGUAAUUUUGCAUACUACAAACUCAUUUGGCUACUACUUUUUUCCCCACCUUUAUAAUCCCUUGAAAUUUGCAAGUCUAUCUAUUCUUCCGUAGAAGUUGUUGAGGUUUGAGGUUUUGAUAUGGUUCUAAUUGCAUGCAACUUAACUACUUUACUUGUGUGUUAUUGGGAACUGGGUAUGAUUUUGCUGCAGCUAAGAAAUAUUGUUUGACAAGGAUUGUUGUCAUUUUAUCUUA